UUGACAUUUAAAAGGUUGGGACAAAGCGUUCAAAGACAGAGAUGUUCAACCAUUUCGUCUGGAUAACGUUAUUGUUUUUGGAGAAGAAAAAAAACGUUACUGUUUUCAACAAACAACUGUCUUAAAAAUAGACGAAACAAAGAAACAACUUUUAAAGAAUAUGAAAUGGUGAAGAUGUCCUCAAGAACCUGAAGACAAGAUCAACUUGUUGACAGCCAGACAAGUGUUGAACUUACUUGCUGAUGUUAACGAUGUGAAUACAGAUCGCUUUGCAAUCUAAUGGACCGCAAGGGACCCGUCCGUCACCAAUAGCUGAUAUAUUUCAUACAUUUUGGACCGUGAUAUUACCAGUACUUUAGCUCGUUAGGUAGUUAACUAACUCGGCAGCUGUGAACUGUGAACAGAGCUUUCUAUCGGAGUUAAUAAGAGAGGCAUUAUUUUCCUAAGUAGUUAUGUUUCCGUUAGAUUCGACGUGGAACAUUUCCUUUGCAGGUUGCGGUUUCUUAGGCAUCUAUCAUAUCGGUGUAGCUAGUUGUCUACAGGAGCAGUGUCCGUUUCUAGUGCAUAACGCCCGGCACAUCUACGGGGCAUCAGCUGGGGCGCUCACCGCCACUGCGCUGGUCAGCGGAGCUUGUUUAGGUGAGGCAGGUGCCAACAUCAUUGAUGUGGCCAAAGAUGCCCGGAAACGUUUCCUGGGUCCUAUGCACCCGUCCUUCAACCUGGUAAAGAUCAUGCGUAACAUGCUGUAUAAAACGCUGCCACCGGAUGCCCACCAUCGUGCCACAGGGAGGCUGGGCAUAUCACUCACCAGGGUGACCGACGGAGAGAAUGUCUUGGUGUCCCACUUUAACAGCAAGGAGGAAGUGGUGCAGGCGUGUGUCUGCAGUGCUUACAUCCCUGUGUACUGUGGACUGAUCCCCCCGACACUGCAGGGUGUGCGUUACGUGGACGGUGGUAUCAGUGAUAAUCUGCCUCAGUAUGAGCUGAAGAACACCAUCACCGUGUCUCCGUUCUCUGGAGAGAGUGACAUCUGCCCUAGAGACCGAUCCACCAACAUGCAUGAACUACGAUUCACCAACACCUCCAUCCAGUUUACACUCACCAACCUCUACAGAGUGUCCAAAGCUCUGUUUCCCCCUGAGCCACAGGUUAUGAAGGCCAUGUGUAAACAAGGGUACAACGAUGCUCUUCACUUUCUGAAGAAGAACGGACUGUUGAAUCCCCAAGGACCCCACAGACCUCUAAUAGCCGACGGUGAGGAAGAUGACGUCAUCGAGGAUGAUGAUGAUGACGACGAUGAUGAAGAACACGAGGAGCGGCUGGUACAGAACGAGAUCAGACCCAUUGAGAAAGAGUCCGUGGUGGCCCCCGCCGAGUCCAAAUCCAACAUCGAGGAUCAUAUCUUCGAGCACCUGCCACCCAGACUACACAAAGCUCUGGUGGAAGCCUGCAAGGAGAGAUACAGUCUGGGCCAGUCGCUAAGCAACCUGCUGCCAGUCAGGAUGGCGACGGCUAUGAUGCUUCCAUACACCUUUCCCCUGGAGUCUGCUCUGUCUAUGACUGUUAGACUGUUAGAGUGGCUGCCUGAUGUUCAGGAGGAUGUGGGAUGGAUCAGGGAGCAGGUCGUUAAGGUGUUGCAGUGUGCUGUGAGCCGGGCCACCAAGACUGUCUCCAACCACGUCUCUGCAAACUGUUACUACCAGUUGGAGCUGCGUCACUGCCAGUCCCUGCCUGCCCAACUCAACCCUGCCAGACUGCUCCCUAGCUGGGCGAGUGGAGGCAGCUCCUCUGUCCUGGAUGUUAUCAGUCGUCUGGACCAGUACCAGAGGCAGCUGCUGCCGGGCUCCUUCUGUGUCAACCUGGACCUCCACGGCGCCUUAUACACCAGGGGGACCCCAGGCCCAGGAAGAUGCCCCGAAGCUGGGGAAGGAAGUCCAGGACCAGCCCUGGCCCCUAUAGACCCAGAGGAGGUCGAGGGGAUGGGGCUGAUGAUGAGGAGGCUCAAUGAAAACCACAACUCUACUCCAGCCUCACUCUAACAUUAGAAUGUAUCCCUAAAGAAAAGGACGAGGGUGGACUGUGAAUUAGGGCGUGUCCAGAGGGUAAAUUAGGGCGUGUCCAGAGGGUAAAUGAGGGCGUGUCCAGAGGGUAAAUGAGGGCGUGUCCAGAGGGUAAAUGAGGGUGUGUCCAGAGGGUAAAUUAGGGCGUGUCCAGAGGGUAAAUUAGGGCGUGCCCAGAGAGUACACCGAGCCAAACCCACAUUCAGUACACCGAGCCAAACCCACAUUCAGUACCCCGAGCCAAACCCACAUUCAGUACCCCGAGCCAAACCCACAUUCAGUACCCCGAGCCAAACCCACAUUCAGUACACCGAGCCAAACCCACGUUCAGUACCCCGAGCCAAACCCACAUUCAUUACCCCGAGCCAAACCCACAUUCAGUACCCCGAGCCAAACCCACAUUCAGUACCCCGAGCCAAACCCACAUUCAGUACCCCGAGCCAAACCCACAUUCAGUACCCCGAGCCAAACCCACAUUCAGUACCCCGAGCCAAACCCACAUUCAGUACACCGAGCCAAACCCACGUUCAGUACCCCGAGCCAAACCCACAUUCAGUACACCGAGCCAAACCCACGUCAGUACCCCGAGCCAAACCCACAUUCAUUACCCCGAGCCAAACCCACAUUCAGUACACCGAGCCAAACCCACGUUCAGUACCCGAGCCAAACCCACAUUCAGUACCCCGAGCCAAACCCACGUUCAGUACCCCGAGCCAAACCCACAUUCAUUACCCCGAGCCAAACCCACAUUCAGUACACCGAGCCAAACCCACGUUCAGUACCCCGAGCCAAACCCACAUUCAGUACACCGAGCCAAACCCACGUUCAGUACCCCGAGCCAAACCCACAUUCAUUACCCCGAGCCAAACCCACAUUCAGUACCCCGAGCCAAACCCACAUUCAGUACCCCGAGCCAAACCCACAUUCAGUACCCCGAGCCAAACCCACAUUCAGUACACCGAGCCAAACCCACAUUCAGUACCCCGAGCCAAACCCACAUUCAUUACCCCGAGCCAAACCCACAUUCAGUACACCGAGCCAAACCCACGUUCAGUACCCCGAGCCAAACCCACAUUCAGUACACCGAGCCAAACCCACGUUCAGUACCCGAGUGCAUAUAUUUCAUUGUAUGUGACCCCAGUGGGAACCAAAGCCACGAUGACACUGGCAUCGCUGACACCACACAGUUACUGUUAUUAUCAGUAUUAUCUUAAAACUACAUCGUUGGUCAGAAGGACAUUUUCACUGUGAGGUUCUACACCUGUUGUCUUCAAGCACAUGUGACAAAUACAAUUUGAUUUGAUUUAUCGACUGAGCCACACUGGAUCUCUAGGAGCUGUUGGUAGCUAUUAGGGCCCUAGUGGGAUGUCUAUUAGGAUCACAGACUGUCGACGCCUAGGAACCUACAGGGACCUUCGACAACCUGUCACCGAUCUGCAGAAUCUCGUCUGUACACACAGCACCUUAGAAUGACAUUUAACUUAUUUUCAUUGAGUUGUUAUCCGUCCUCAGACUCUGAUCACAAGUCCGUCAGCUCGUCGUUACACAGUGCCUCACAGUACUUUGACAUUCAGUACCAGUUAAAAGUUUGGACACAACUACUCAUUCAAGGUUUUAUUUUUAUUUUUUUUACUAUUUUCUACAUUGUAGAAUAAUGGUGAAGACAUCAAAACGAUGAAAUAACACAUAUGGAAUCAUGUAGUAACCAAAAAAGUGUUAAACAAAUCAAAAUAUAUUUUAGAAAUGUAAGAUUCUUCAAAGUAGCCAAACUUUGCCUCAAUGACAGCUUUGCACACUCUUGGCAUUCUCUCAACCAGCUUCAUGAGGCACCUGGAAUGCAUUUCAAUGAACAGGUGUCUUUUUAUUCAUACCUUAAAAUGACUCCCUUUUUGUUGUA